AUGUGGAUUCUACCGUUACUAGGGUACCUCGGAGUGAUAAUAGGAUUCUGCUUCCUGACGCUGGCUAUAGCCUCCGGCCUCUACUAUCUCUCCGAACUCGUUGAAGAACACACCGUGAUAGCUCGGCGUCUCCUAACACGACUGAUAUACAGCAUCAUAGCCGUGCAUGUCCUUCUCUGGCUUAUAGAUGGGUUCCCAUUCUAUCUCUCCGUACUCAGCAUCUUCUCCCAUAUAGUUUACGCCGGCAACCUUCGACGAUUCCCAAUCGUCAAACUCUCGGAUCCUAUUUUCCUAUCUUCCUGUGUUCUUGUCGGAUUGAAUCAUUGGCUAUGGUUCAGAUACUUCUCGAGCCCGGAAUAUAAUUCUAGUGGAGGGAAUGCCCCUACAUCAUGGAACCGAGGCGGAUGGAAGUCUUCUGGUGGAGGAUCGAGUUAUAAUUACUACGGUGCGGCCGUGGAUACGCCUUCGUUUGGUGAAAUAGCUUCAUAUUUCGGACUCUGUGUGUGGUUGAUUCCGUUUGCACUGUUUGUCAGCCUGAGCGCUGGAGAGAAUGUGCUGCCUAGCAUGGGAUCUGAGUAUGCGACUGGAUCAACCUCAUCGAAUAAUGCAUCUGUUGAUGGGAAUGCAUAUGGUGAGAGCAGCUCCAACUCAGCUAAGACUAAGAGCAAAGGAAUGGCAAAGGCGUUAGUUGAUGGUACUAUGGAAUGGGUUAGUGAGAGCGGAGAGGUGAUGGGAUUCUGGGGUGGGCAAAGGACAAGAAGAUUCUGA